GAGUUGAACAUUGCACUCAUUUUAACAGUUCUCUGCUACGCGUUACAGCUCUCUUUUGUUUAAUUUCAUUUUUAACUUAUUCAGCAUAAACUUUGGCCUUUUGUUUGUGUACGGUUUUCAUCAGCCACGAUCUCCCCCUUCCCCCGCGCAGCAUAUUAUUUAUGGCAGACAAAUACUAUAAACAUACAUGUGCGCACAUCUCUUAACUGGCAGCGCUCCUGGCAAUGGACGUGUGAUUCCUAGGGACAGGAAUUCCUCAGCAGCCGCCUCUUUUGGGUUUUGUUGCCAAGGAGUCUAGCUACGCUUACCUGCUGACUGCAGAUAUUUGGAAGAUAUCUCAGCGUUAUGUUUUUCCCUUGGAAACACUUGGCAUCCUGGCUAUCCCUGCUUCUGUUGCUGGUCGUGGCCCGCGCAGACGCGCAGCCAGAAAGGUCAAGAAACAUUUCCUCCACCUCCAAUGAGGAGCUCUUGCAGGGCUUGCCCACCGGGGAGGUGUCAAGCCAAGCCACUGACACCACCACGACCUCGUCAAGUUCCGUCUCGGCCUACAGCACACCUCAGUCAGAAGUGGUUACAGAAGCCAGCCCAGAAGUCAUAGCCACAACUGGCACUACCACAUCCACGUCCACCUCCACAUCCACCACAACCACAACCACAACGACAACAAAAACAACAACAGCUUCUUUGGCAGAACCCACUUCCGAGCUGCCCGAUUACCUGAGGCAUUGCUUUUAUGCCGAAGAGCAGCUAUGUGAAGCACCAGCUCCUGGCAAGGAUGAAGCAUCCGAUGCUGCCCAGACACUCACCUCGGAGGCAGAACCUAAUGCCAAUAGCUGUCAGUGCAAGGAGCAUCCAAGCAAACCCAACUCCUGGUAUUGCUGCAACAUCUCGCAGGUGUCGAUGAUCUCCAGCUGCAGCAACAUCUCCAAGUGGACCAAUCUGCAUGUACGCAACAUGACCGUGAAGGAUGUCGAUCUAUCCAAUCCCAUCUUCCGUUCGCUGCAGUCGCUGGCCGUGACGGAUGGCAAUAUAACGCGACUGGUGAACGCCUUUCCGCGUCUCUCUGCUUUGAAGUGCUUGAAUAUAUCGAACAACAACAUCUCGGAGAUCCACUCGCGGGCGGUCAAGGAUGUGCCCCAUCUAGAGUUCUUUGGCAUGUCGAACAAUAACUUGUCGCUGGUGCCGCAUAGGAAUCAGAACAAAAACAUAACUUUGGAUAUAAGCGGCAACAGACGGAUGCUGUGCAACCCUCUGAACGAUAUCAUACACACUGAAUCGAUUAAUUUUCUGAAUCCCGGACACUCGUACUGCCAGUAUAAUGCCACCCGAACUUGGUUCCAGUCCACGGACAAGGUAUCUGUGGAGCAGCUGGAGAACCGUAAGCGCUGCGUGACCAAUUGCCCAGUGAUACCCAGUCAUGGGAACUGCAAGUGCACCUUGGAGAACAUCAUGAUCAUACAGGAUAAUCAAUCGAAACCCCAGUGUCAUGUUGAUUGCUCUAAUCUUGGCCUGGUGGAGCUACCACAGCGACUGCCGGACAACACCUUUGUCCUGAACAUCACCAACAACAGGAUAACCAGUUUGGGGGAUUACUUUCACACGAAUCCUACGUAUCAUAACAUCAACCGGCUGGUGGCCGACAACAACCAGAUAGUAUCCAUGAACGAGUUCGAAGGCACCAAGUUUAUUGAAAGCUUCCAGCGAAUCUACAUGCGAAACAAUUCGCUAAACAAGAUACCCGAAUAUUUCCUGAACAACGCCCUUAUGGAUUCCGGCCUGGGUAGACGCAUUUACCUCGCCGGCAACAAGUUGCAGUGCGACUGCAACUCGGCCAAAAAGCUACUAAACUGGCUCAAGGAGCGCAGCUCCGAUAUACCCGACUACAUGGACAUACGGUGCCGGAAUAUACCCCAAAGUGUCAUCGAGCUGCAGGAGGCCAAGCUGUGCCAAUCGCCGCCGGACUGGACCGAUUAUAUAUACUAUUUGAUAGCCGCCGAAGUCUUCCUCUUGCUGGCCCUGAUCGCCAAGGUCUCGUAUGACUAUUGGGUCUUUAAGACGGCCGGAUAUCUGCCCUGGCCGGCCAGCAAAAUGCCCAAGUUGCCAUGUGAUUGGCUGUGCGAAUCGUAAUGCUGGAUGAGGGGAUAAGGAUAAAAGGAGAAGAGACGACCGUGACACAAUCACAUGACACAGGACGUAUUUACAUACGUGAAUCUAUAUAUUAUAUAUCCAAGAGGGGUGUGGACUUAAGUUCGCUAACAUAAACGCGUAAAACGACAUUAUUUCGCUUUAGUUUAUAAUGUUUUUUAAGGAUUAAAAGGAGUCUAAAAAAACGAAAUAAUCUCGAUGGAGUUUAUAAAGUUUUAAAAGGACUAAAAGUAACUAAAAGAAAAAAAGAAAAUCUCGUUUAAACUGUGUUUUCGGCGAGUUUAUGUCGGCGAACUUAUGUCGCUCUACCCCUCUAGAUACACAUGUGCCUUUUUAUAUACGUACUCGUAAAAAACGAUUUUGUUGUUUAUAAUCUUAUAGUAAUAGUCUUAAGGACUGUCUGCGCACAGAAUAUUCGUUGCUGGAAAUAUAAACUGACUAAUUUUACGUAGAUCAGAUAUACCCCUUGGAGAGAAAAGCCAUGUUUAGAGUCCAUUUUACGAAUGAUAUUUAUUGUUGUGGUUUUUGUUGUGAUUUAAAUAGAAUAAUUAUUACUUAUUAAGAAAAAAAUACGCACUUGUAACGCUUUCUGAUCGUUCCCGCAUCCGCAAAUACCGUUUUUCCGUUUUUUUUUAAGUGGGGGGUGUGUGUGUGUCUCGUGGUGUGUGAGUGUGCCUUAUAAGGAAUAUAAUUAGGUGUACGAUGUACAUUCAAUGCCAUUGACUUUGCCACUUUUUGUCACUUGUUUUUAUACUUAAAUAUCUCUCUGCGUUCAUUCGUUUCGUUCUCUCGGUAUUUAUUAUCUUCGUAAUCAUAUCAUAUCAUCGUAUGCAUGGUAUAUAUGUUCUCUUUAACUCUGUGUAUUCGUUGCGUGAUUUUUGUUUGCAUCUAAAUAUAUAUAUAUAUAUGUUAUACAUAAUAAAUAAUAUUUAAAAAAAAAACAA